GAAUGUCAGAUGACUGUAUCGAAAUAAGUCCACCAACUUUACUCAAUUUACUGCGUAUUUUUCUGUGACACGCGCUAUUGUCAUUGCCUAAAGAAGUUUAUAUCUCAUUUAAGCAAGAUGGGUUGCUGUUUUAGCAACGACGAAGUCAACGGGCAGACAAAUAAGGAUAAUGAGAGAACACCACUUAUAAAGGAUGGAACCGGUGCCCCACAAACUACAUAUCCACAAGCAAUAAGUGAUGGACCUACAGAAAAGUCAGGAUCAUUCAACCAAUCAGACCAACAGUCCAUGCUUAGUAGAAUUCUCAAUCAAACAGCAAACAAUGUAAUUGAUGUGACAACUGUGGAACCUCACAGUUUAGAAAAAGGAGAGUUUAUGGAACGAACAAAACAGUACCAGCAUUAUGAUAAUACAGGGAGCUCAUCGUCCAGAAUACCACCAGAUAAUCUCCCCCCUGGUACAGCAGCUCCUCAGGUUGUUUUAGCUGCGGAACCUGUGUCAAAACAGGACAUAAAUCUGGUUAAGAAUUUCUCAGAGCAAAAUUCGUCAGCCUUAAGAAAUUUCGAAGUUAGUGGUGGAGAACCUUUUGUUGUACAAUUCGGAGCGACAUAGCAAAGAGAUUAAUUUUGUUAUGAUAAUUUAUGGAGAAACCUUCCAUGGACAUCGACAAGAUGGGAUUAAUGAACGCGAGAGUACAAAAAAAAACACGAUACGGCGUGAAAUAUACAAAAUAGAAUUAGGUGAAUGACAAAUUAUUUGACAGUAACUCAUUCGUUGAUUGAAUUUUAUAACCUAGCGUAGUUAAUAAAAUGACUGACCAAGUAUAGGAAUGAAAUAAAAUAAAAACAUAAUUUUCUAACAAAUAUUUUAAGUGCUGUAGCGUUUAUAGGAUUGUCCGUUUGAAAAAUACUAUUUUUUGAUUGUCGUUUGUUAUCCGACUCAGAAGAAUCUAUGGCUGGUUUCAUUUUAGUUGUAAUUGUUGUUGAUAAA